AUGGCCAUUGAAAAGAGCCACCUGAUCUGUGCUGUAGUGGGAGUACUGGCCAUGGAGUCACUCAUUGCCAUGGAGUUCAUCUUGCUGAAGGUCAGAGGAACACCCACGGGCAAGGUUGGCAUAGUGAUUGAUGCAGGCUCGUCCCACACUUCUCUAUUCAUCUACAGAUGGGACAAAGAGAAGAACACAGUCGUGAUCAACCAGACCUUUUCCUGCAAUGUCCCAGGGCAAGGCAUAUCAAGCUAUGCCAACAAUCCUCCAAAAGCUGGUGCAUCCCUAAAAGGGUGUCUGGACAAAGCUCUGGACGUCAUUCCCAUUGCCAAAGGGCGAGAGGUAUCAGCUUUUCUCGGAGCAACAGCAGGCAUGAGACUCCUGAGGGAAAAGAACAGCUCUGCUGCAGAUCAAAUCAUGGUUGGAAUUGCUAAGAUCAUGAAAGAGUAUCCUGUGGAUUUCCAUGGGGCUCGAAUUAUCACAGGCCAAGAGGAAGGAGCUUAUAGCUGGAUGGCCAUUAACUACCUAAGAGAUUCCUUCCCUAAGAACCCCUCCAAAGAAGACACACAGGACCCUCCAGAAAUGGCCAACACUUUUGGAGCUCUGGAUCUUGGAGGGGAAUCCACUCAAAUCAGCUUUAUCCCAAAAAGUUCAGUUAUGAAGCGGAAGGAAGUUUCCAAGGUCACACUUUAUGGGUAUAACUACAAUAUUUACACCCAGAGCUACCUCUGCUAUGGACAAAACGAGGUGCUGAAGCGCCUGACAAAGACAUUAAUUGAGGAGUCGCAUUCCAGAACACAAGUGGGACACCCUUGCUACCCUAGAAACUACAAGGAAACUAUCUGGUUGUCUUCUUUACACACCACAACCUGUACAAGGCAGAAUAACCUACAGACACCUCUUGCUGACAGAAGAGUGACCCUAGAGGGCAAAGGAAAUGGGAAACGGUGCCGGGCUCUCUUGCGGAAUCUGUUGAAUAUCUCAACAUGCAGCCAGAGUCAGGACUGCAUCUUCGACGGUGCCUACGAUCCCGCUGUCAGCGGACAGUUCUUUGCCUUCUCAGGAUUUUACUAUAACUUCAGAUUCCUCAACCUGACUAAUGGGCAGUCUCUGCUCACUGUCAGCAAAAACAUCCGGAAUUUCUGCAGAAGGAGCUGGCAAGAUCUGUCUUCUAGCUACCCAGAGGAAAAACCUGAGCGACUACGCAGCUAUUGCGCUAACRCAAACUACAUCCUCACACUCCUCCUUGAUGCCUACAAGUUUAAUGAGACCAGCUGGAACAACAUUAUCUUCCACAGGAAGGUGGGGAGCAUGGACAUCGGCUGGAGCCUGGGCUACGCGCUGAAGCUCGCAGACACACCAUGGGAGGUACUGCACUUGGUGCAGGGGCAAAAGCCCUCUGUGCGCCCUGCAGCUGUGACCUUCAUUGUGUCACUCUUGGUCUUCAUGAAGACCAGACUCUGA